AUGCAAGAGGAACGCGCACCGAGAGUAAAGAACAGGCUCCCAGCCAAUGUACAAAUCACUGCAGAGCAGCUUCUGCGUGAGGCCAAUGAGCGACAAGAUCCACAGCUCCAGCCUUCCAGACAGCGUCUGCAGGAUUUUGAGGAGCUCAAUGAAUUCCAGGGACGCAAAAGGAGAGAGUUUGAAGAGCGUAUCCGUAUGCUCAGAAUAGACCUCAAAACGUGGGCUACUUACGCUAAAUGGGAGGCUACACAGGGCGAGUAUGACCGUGCACGUUCUGUUUGGGAGAGAGCUCUUGAUGUCGAGCCCGUCGCUCACCAAUUAUGGUUGCAGUACAUUGAUAUGGAGCUCAAAGCUAGAAACAUCAACCACGCUCGUAAUCUUUUCGAUCGUGUAGUCACCCUCCUCCCGCGCAUCAAUCAAUUCUGGUACAAGUAUGUCCACAUGGAAGAGCUCAUUGGUAAUAUCGCAGGUGCGCGUCAGGUAUUCGAGCGAUGGAUGUCGUGGCAGCCGGACGAUAAGGCAUGGUCAGCCUAUAUCAAGCUUGAAGAGCGCUACCAAGAGUGGGAGCGUGUUAGCGGCCUCUACGAGCGUCUCAUCGGUAUACGGCCAGAACCAAAGUUGUGGGUGAAAUGGGCGCGUUACGAGGAAGAUAGAGGCAAAUUCGAUCGUGCUAGAGAGAUAUUUCAGAUGGCUUUAGAGUUUUUCGGUGAUUCUGAAGAACAGAUAGAGAAAGCGCAGAGCGUAUUCAAUGCAUUCGCGAAAAUGGAGACGAGAGCUAAGGAAUUUGAUAGAGCUAGAGUUAUUUAUAAAUACGCACUGUCGAGAUUACCGCAGAGCAAGAGCGCUGAUCUUUUCGGAGCGUACACUAGAUUCGAGAAGCAAUAUGGAUCCAGGAGUGGUGUAGAGGCCACAGUUCUGGGUAAGCGGAGGUUGCAAUAUGAGGCGGAGGUCACUGCAGAGCCUAGCAAUUAUGAUACUUGGUUCGAGUACCUCAAGCUGGAGGAGUACUCUUACAGGAUGGAAGAAGAUGCUACUAAAGAGGACGCUCUCGCUAGGACGAGAGAAUUGUAUGAGAGGGCGGUAUCGCAAGUUCCACCAUCCAACGAGAAGAGACAUUGGCGGAGGUACAUCUUUAUCUGGCUAUCUUAUGCAAUCUUUGAAGAGGCUGAUGUUAAGGAUUUUGAUAGGGCUAGAGUCGUUUAUCAGACUGCGAUUGCUCUCGUUCCACACAAGCAAUUUACUUUUGCCAAGCUCUGGAAUCAAUAUGCGAGAUUUGAGAUAAGAAGAUUGAAUUUAAUUGGAGCAAGGAAAAUAUUCGGUCAAGCUAUUGGAAUGUGUCCAAAGGAGAGACUGUUUAAAGCAUACAUAGAUCUGGAGUUUGAGUUAAGGGAAUUCGACAGAAUUAGAGCACUUUAUGAAAAGUAUCUGGAGUUCGACUACUCUAAUUGCUCAGCAUGGAUACGGUUUGCACAGCUAGAAGCAGAGCUCGGUGACACAGGUCGUGCUCGAUCCAUAUUCGAGUUGGCAGUAGGUCAAGAUGCGUUGGAUAUGCCAGAACUACUAUGGAAGGCCUAUAUCGACUUUGAGACAGAGGCGAUUGAAGAGGGCGAGUCAAGUAGAAACACGGUUAGGAGUCUGUAUGAUAGACUACUUGAUCGCACCAGUCACGUCAAAGUCUGGAUCGCAUAUGCACAUUUUGAAAAGAAUGAAAUUGAUAAUGAGCAAGGUGAAGAUGAUGAGCCUAGAGAGGAGAAGGCACGGAGGGUUUACGAGAGAGGCUACAACAGCCUCAAGGAGCGUGGACUUAAAGAAGAGAGAGUUGUUUUGCUGGAGUCAUGGAAGGAGUUUGAAAGUGAGAAUGGUGACAAUACAACGGUUGAAAAAGUACAAAGUAAAAUGCCAAGGGUAGUGAAGAAAUGGCGCAACACAGACGAUGGAGUUGAAGAGUACUUUGAUAUGCUGUUUGCAGAUGACGAGACACAGAGUAACCCAGCAUCACUCAAGUUCUUAGAAAUGGCACAUGCUUGGAAGACACAAAAGCAACACAACGGUAACGAAGAAGCCGAAUGA